AAUUUCGCGUUAUUGUGAGUAAUAGCCUAAUGUAAUUAUGUGAACAAUAUGCAUUUUUUUCCCGUGCAUUUUCAAUAUUCUUGACUGAGGUCAGAGUUCGAAUGUUUUCCACUCAAAAUGGCGGACGAGCCAGUGCGAGAAUGGAGUGAAGAGCAGCUCAAAAGUGACGAUUUACCUAAGAAAGACCUGAUAAAGUUCUUACAGGACAAUGCGGCGCACUCGUUCCUCAACGAGCACAAACUGCUGGGAAACAUCAAGAAUGUGGCCAAAACGGCUAAAAAGGAGCAGCUCGUUGUUGCCUACAACCAGCUGUUUGUAAGCAAAAGGUUUAAAGGCACGGAACCGGUGGAAGAAGUGACAAAGCAGGUGAAAGCUGUCAAAAUCGACGAGAAACCCAAAGAGGUCAAGGCAGAAGUUGUGGAUGAGGGUCCGCCCAAGUUUAUUAAAUCAACGCUGAAGAAAGGUGACAAGACAAACUUCCCCAAAAAAGGUGACACUGUGAGCUGCUGGUAUACAGGAACACUGGAGGACGGGACAGUCUUUGACACCAACAUUCCCUCAGUGGCCAGAAAGAAAAAGCAAACCAAGCCGCUGAGCUUUAAAGUUGGCAUGGGCAAAGUCAUCCGAGGGUGGGAUGAGGGCCUUUUGACAAUGAGCAAAGGAGAGACUGCACGCCUGGAGAUCGAAUCUGAGUGGGGGUACGGGAAGAAGGGCCUUCCUGAUGCCAAAAUUCCACCCAAUGCCAAGCUUAUCUUUGAGGUGGAGCUCGUGUCCAUCGACUAAAAGGACAAGAACUGGGAAGUUUACGUAAAAGAUUCAGCACUUUAUUUCUGUGUGCUGUUUAUUGUUGAACCGGGGAUUCCCGAUGUGUAACCAUUUUGUUUCUUUUGGUGCUGUCAAUGUAAUUCCCUACUUUGGUGAAAAAUAAACGUUUGUAUAA